AUGGGGGAGGAGGAGAGGGAGGAGCCCCUUCCUCUUGCCCUUCCCGCCCGCCCUUCCCGCCCGCCGGCGCCUCGGUCGGUGUUGGGCUGCUCGGCGGGUCGGUGCCCGCUGCCCGCUGCCCGCUGCCCGGUGAGGCUCCAUGGCGGGCCCGGCCCCGGCCCCGGCCCCGGCGCCGCCUCCGCCCCGCCGCCGCCGCGGGAGGAGCGGGAGGAGCGGGAGGAGGAGGAGGAAGGGGCCGGGGAGCUGUGCCUGGUCCUGGCCCGCACCAAGACCCGCUCCUACGGCAGCACGGCCGCCGCCCGCCCCCCCCCCCCCCCCCAGCGCUACCUGCGGCACAGGGUGGUCGCCGGGGACACCCGGCAGGGCAUCGCCCUCAAGUUCGGGGUCACGAUGGAACAAAUCAAAAGGGCAAACAAACUCUUCACCAACGAUUGCAUCUUCCUGAAGGAGACCUUGAACAUCCCAGUGCCCUCUGAGAAGCCGUCGCCGUUCAACGGACUCGACUCCCCCUGCCCCUCAGCGGAAGACGCGGCUGGAGUGGCGGCCGCUCCCCUCCCGGCCCUCGGGCCCCGGAAGAUCCGGACCGGCCAAGCCGAGGAGUUGUCCGCCAGAGAUUUCCUGCAGAAGCUGGAUCUGCAGAUCGACUGUCCACGCGGGCCGCCAGGAAAGCUCAAAGGAGAGAGCAGAGACGCCGACGCCGCUGACGGUCCUUACGCAGGGUCUUCUUACCACAUGUAGCUGGUCACUUACACCUCCCCCGCCCCCCGCCCCACUGCCCCGGGGACGCGGCGUCAGGAAGAAAUGAAUGACCGGGAAGAAACGGAUCAGGAAGAAACGGGCCUUGGGCCUCCUCCCGUCCGGCUCCCCUCGUCCGCCCUCGGCCGGAAACGCGCCGAAGCGAUGAGUCCCCUUCCGCCUCGUUCCCCGUGUCCGCCUUUCCUGCAUCCCUAAAAGGGCCGGGGCUUCCCCAGCCAGUGGGCCGCCUUCCCGCCCAGCGUCCUCGCACCUCGCGGAUUUGGUCCGGAGAGAGCCGGCGGGGACCAGGAUCGGAAAACCCCGUCCCGUCCAAGGGGAAAGGCGUGAGGGCUUAACGACCCCCUCGCCCCUGGCGACCGCGUCCAGCCCGAUGCGCCUGCAUCAACCCCGGGGCUUAGGACGGCGCCCGGCCCGUGGCGGGCGCUUAACGGAUACCACCGCCGUCGUCAUCUCGGUCUCCGCCGGGCCCAGUCGGAGAAGGUUUUACGCGUGUGAAGAGCCAGAUCCCCAUUCAGUUCUCUGUUUUGGAAAGGAAGCUGGGACAGUCUGAGGGGGAAAUUAGAAAACGAAACGAAACUUUAUGCCUGCAGAGCGCCGGCUCCUAUUUUUCUGGAAUGAGGGGUAAAGGUACGGCACCCUAGUUUUCUUUUCGUAACGACAUCUGAAAAAAGAGCUUCUCGUGUGCAAGGUCUGUCGUUUGAUUUAAGAUACAAAAAAAAAUUAAAAAAAAAAAAAGGUUUAAAAAGCA